AGUGGGAAUCUGAGUUUCUACAAGGAGCUGCUGACACGAAACAAGACGUUCAUUACGCACAUCAACCUCAGCAACCAUCUGGGUCAAGGUCUUCAGGUGGGUCACGUGAUCAAGACGUUCCUGAGUUUCGUCGAGGGCAUUGAAGCCAAGGACAGGGAGCAGAACCUGGCCGAGCUGCUCGAGGAAGAGGAGAGGGACAGGAUCAAGAGGGAGAAGAAGAAACGGAAGCGGCAGAAGAAGCACGGCAAGACCGCAAAGUCCGAAACACCCCAGCCGUCCACGGCCGACGGGAGCACAGACGAGGAGGCGGGGGGACAUAACCGCGCCUGGGCGGGAGAAGGC